AGUGUUUGUUUUAAUUAGUUUCAAUGAUGUCAACAAUUUUUAUUCAUAUACGACAACAACACCAACAACUACUGGCCAUCAAUUGGUUUGCCAUUAAUAAGUGGUGGUCUAAACAUCGGAUACUAAAUAAUAGAUUAAGAAAUUGUUGGCAAAUGUCGUUAACUGUAAAUACUAACAGUGCUAUUGACUGCAAACCAAUCAUCAGUGGUAAUAGUGGUAGUAGUAGUCAACUGAUGAUGAGAUGCGCUUUUAUGAUACCAUCGGAUAAUAUACCGCCGACACCGACACCAAUAUCGACAGUAACAUUGGAUCAGUUAGUUAAGACAUAUCAGCCAAUGAGUGUAGUAUUAGUAAAUCAAGGCUAUAACCUUAAAUCAUUGGGAACUGGAUGUGUGAUCGACACAAACAAAGUGGUUACCAAUGUUCACGUUUGCGAAGACAUUACAGAAUUGUAUGUAAUGUUAAUCAAACCAAACGGACAGAAAUUGGCUAAUUUCAGGGGUCGGGUGCUGUACUGCGAACCGCAAUACGAUUUGGCCGUAAUUGGCGUACGAUUUAAGAAUAAUCGACAACACCUGUACGGACAGUUUGAAUUGAUGGCACCAGACGAUGGCAAUCAGGAACUGGCGGUCGAUUUUGGCGAACAAAUACUAUCGUUAGGACAUCCCAAUGGCAAACCAUCGACAACUGUUGGCAUUGUUUGUUGCGUCAAUCGGCCGUUUGGAUUAGAUUCCCGUUGGUGUGCGGCUAAUGUUCCGCAAAUACAACACAACAGCGGUAUUGUUAGCGGCUUUUCCGGCGGACCGAUGAUCGACGAAACGGGACGUUUGGUCGCCAUUAAUAGUAGCGGACAUCAGACUUAUAGGGUUUGCUAUUCAACACCCGUUACCAUAAUGAAUGAAUUUUUAAAACGAGCAGAAAAUUUUCAGGAUAUACAGACAGAUUAUCGAAAUAAUAAUAUCAAUAUAAAACAUAUGAUCAAAACUAACUGUGAAUUUAGCUGUAAGUUAGUGUUGGGGAUAGAGAUCUGUUGGUAUCGUAUAUAUAAUUAUAGACAAUACGUAAAAAUGGCCGAAAAUCAGGGCAAACGGUUCAUACGUGAUAUGGAUUUGAUACCAUAUGAUAGUUGUAUACUAGUCUGGGAUAUCGUCAACAAACCAAUGGAUGACAAUGUUAUGGAUGAGUUUAAAACACUUUUGCAAUUUGAUAUAAUCAAUGAAAUCAAUGGCACAAGAGUUAGAUGUUUAAAUGAUUUACACAAAACAAUUGAAACAAUGGGUAUGAAUGACAUUAAAUUGAAUAUCUUUAGGAUUGACCAUCCGAUGGAUAUUAUUGUAAAUCCACAACAAUUUAUUGGAUCAAUAAGUUAUGCUUAAUAUAUGAUGUCAUAUAAGAUGAAUA